AUGUAUGUUCCUAUUAUUGCUGUUACUUUGAUGUCUGUUCCUAUUAUUGCUGUUACUUUGAUGUCUGUUCCUAUUAUUGCUUUUACUUUGAUGUCUGUUCCUAUCAUUGCUGUUACUUUGAUGUCUAUUCCUAUUAUUGCUGUUACUUUGAUGUCUGUUCCUAUCAUUGCUGUUACUUUGAUGUCUAUUCCUAUUAUUGCUGUUACUUUGAUGUCUGUUCCUAUCAUUGCUGUUACUUUGAUGUCUGUUCCUAUUAUUGCUGUUACCCAGAAGUCUGUUCCUGUUAUUGCUGUUACUCGGAUUUAUGUUCCUAAUAUUGCGGUUACUUUUAUGUCUGUUCCUAUUAUUGCUGUUAUUUUGAUGUCUGUUCCUAUUAUUGCUGUUACUUUGAUCUAUGUUCCUAUUAUUGCGGUUACUCUGAUCUAUGUUCUUAUUAUUGCUGUUACUCUGAUCUAUGUUCCUAUUAAUGCCGUUACUCUGAUCUAUGUUCCUAUUAUUGCCGUUACUCUGAUCUAUGUUCCUAUUAUUGCUGUUACUCUGAUCUAUGUUCCUAUUAUUGCCAUUACUCUGAUCUAUGUUCCUAUUAUUGCCAUUACUCUGAUCUAUCUUCCUAUUAUUGCCGUUACUCUGAUCUAUGUUCCUAUAAUUGCCAUUACUCUGAUCUAUCUUCCUAUUAUUGCCGUUACUCUGAUCUAUGUUCCUAUUAUUGCUGUUACCCUGAUCUAUGUUCCUAUUAUUGCUGUUACUCUGAUCUAUGUUCCUAUUAUUGCUGUUACUCUGAUCUAUGUUCCUAUUAUUGCCGUUACUCUGAUCUGUGUUCCUAUUAUUGCUGUUACUCUGAUCUCUGUUCCUAUUAUUGCUGUUACUCAGAUCUAA